AUGGCAUCAUUAUUCUCUAUACCACCUAAUAGAAAAGCGCUUUCUAUGUUGCUUGUAGGAGUUGGGUCUGCUGCCGCUGUUUAUUAUUAUAUGUAUCAUUAUAAUAAUGUAAAGGUACCUCAGGGAAAAUUUGAACAGUUAGAAAAAAAAGCAGGAGACGCCUAUGAUAAUAUUACGUCUCAUGUAAAAGACGCAUAUCGUACUGGGAAAAAACAAAUUAAUAAUGCGGAAAAAAAAUAUGAAAAGAAAGUCCAUAAUUUGGUCGACCAAGUAAAUAUAAAAAUGGAUAAAAUUAAAGAAUAUAUUGAACACAAAUAA